AUCGCGCCGCUUUGUCGUACGGAGGGCGGGGUCUGAGGAGAAAGGGAAAGACCGGAGACCGGGAGCGAACCGGGAGAGGGGGGGAAACAAAGGGGAAAGGAGAGCGAGAGAGACAAAGGGGAGGGAGCGAGAGAGACAAAGGGGAGGGAGCGAGGGAGGCAGCGGAAGAAACCGAUGAACAAGGUCGUGUUGGGGGUAAGAGGCUAAUGAGGGAGGGUGGAAGGCGAGCGUCAAUUAGAAUAUGGAGUGAGGAGGAGAGAGCGAUAAGUAUCGCCGCGGAGAGACAAGGGGAGAAGGAAAGACACAGGUGGGGAUGAGAGCCGGGACGUGAGGCAGAGCACACAGGGACCUAUAGAGAAAGGCCACACAGGCACCCACGGAAGCACUUCAGCUACUGUCUAUACCCUGUGACUAGUACUGACACUGCCAGGGACACACAGCCAGGGCAAAGGAUAUAAACAAGAGACACACGACAUAGAGGAAGACCCAGCAGAGACAGCCCGAGAGGCCCAGCAGAGACAGCCCGAGAGGCCCAGCAGAGACAGCCCGAGAGGCCCAGCAGAGACAGCCCGAGAGGCCCAGCAGAGACAGCCCGAGAGGCCCAGCAGAGACAGCCCGAGAGGCCCAGCAGAGACAGCCCGAGAGGCCCAGCAGAGACAGCCCGAGAGGCCCAGCAGAGACAGCCCGAGAGGCCCAGCAGAGACAGCCCGAGAGGCCCAGCAGAGACAGCCCGAGAGGCCCAGCAGAGACAGCCCGAGAGGCCCAGCAGAGACAGCCCGAGAGGCCCAGCAGAGACAGCCCGAGAGGCCCAGCAGAGACAGCCCGAGAGGCCCAGGACAUUAAAAGAAGACCAGAAAGAGACAAUCUACAAGGAAGGCCAGAGAGUGAUGUGUGGAGAGAGAAAAGCAAGGUGGUGACUAUUAGAGGGGAAGAGGCAAGGGACCCCCUUACACACAUACAUAUAUUCCAACCCUUGAUUCCCACCACAUAGACAUUUCUCUUAUUUCUCCCACUUACUAUUAAGGGUUGAUUAAUCCACUCAGUCACACAGGGGGGCUCCUGCAGUUGCGUCAGUCACAGACAUCUCAGGGUUGCUUAAUCUUAUCUGGGUGACUCUGUGCCCACCCCCAUAGGGUCACUUCUGGGCUCCCUUCCCUUUUUGAUGUUUAUGCAAAGACUCGUUGUGUUUAGCAUUUACACCUUGUAAUCAUCAAUCAAUUAAUAACUUCCUCAGGCAUCUGUGUGUUCCUGGCCUUUCUCUCAGGCAUCCAAUAGCCAAUCUUUCUAGGGUCACCAGCUGCCUUUAAGGGCAUGUAGUAUUCAUACCCAAGCUUUAUAUAUGUGGGCUUGUAUAGUCUUUAGGAUUCAUCCUUUUUACAGCUAGUCGGUGGUAUUAGUAGAUCUUAGUGAGUAGUAAAGGGGUUGUUGCUGGUUCGAUAUGCUGUACCCUGGUGGAUAAGCCUAAAAAGAGCCACAUGGAGGCUCAGUCCUAUAUAUCUGCAGCUCGGCCUGGGCAUCGGGUCCCAAGAAGACGCUCCAAAGCUCAGCGAGACAGACAACGAGGACCUUCCCCUGCUAAUUCUUCUUCUUCAGCAAGCCCUGCCCCUGAACUCUGGCCCCGCCCCCAGCGCAAGAGGAGGAAGCGAAGGAGCACCGACAAUGUUAAUUUAAAAGAAGAAGAUUUGAUUGAUGGAUUUUGUAUCAGCAGCUAUGGGAGCCUGGAGGCUAUGCAGUGCUCUUUCCAGAGGGAUUUCUCAACCAACUCUGCACCCCAUGAACAGCCAUACAGAAAACGGCCUCCAGGGAAAAGAAAAAGAAGCGACGGCGCUAGCUCAGAGGAUAUGGGUGCCAGUGGCCCCGAGAACAGAGUUUCUAAAAACAAGGAUCAACGAGAUCACAAAGGCCAUAAAGAUCAGAAGAGAAACUGGCCAGCACAUGAUGCUCAGGAAGAAUGUGCACAGCAUAUAGGACCCCCGGGGGUCAUAAACCAGGACUGUCUCCACUGCUGUUUGGAUACCGGAUAUAUUUGUGAUGCAGAAAGUAGCUGUGAUGAGAAGGCUCCCAGUGAUGAUCUUGCUUUGUCAUUUACUAUAUCUACAAGUGCAGCUUCUGUGUCUCUCUGUGGGGUGCGUCCCAAACUGUCUGUUCUCUCUGAAAUCUCUGGAUUGGGCAGAAGUUGUGAAAAGAGCCAAGAGCCGGAGUGUGAGCCUUUGCUACCCCAACAGUGCCCAACUCCUGCACCCCAACGCACACCCAUUGUCACACCUAAACCCCCACCCAGUACUUCCCCCAAAGCACAGCCUGCACCUGUGAUGCCUCCACCUACCACUAGUUUGGAUUCAGGCCUGAACAGGUGCAGCUUUCCCAAACCGGUAUCUGUUCCCCAGAUGUCUCCGCGCCCCCCAACACCAUCCCGUUCUCUAUCGGGCCAUUCUGUCCCACAGAGUUUCUCCUCUGCUUUGCGCCCCCAUCAUCAUUUAAGUUUAUUUGCCCCUCCUCCUGCCCCAGCCCUUCCUCCCCCACCUCCACUUCUGCAGGUUACUGGGCACCCAGCUUCUGCGGUCACUACAGUGUUAUCAGAACAUGAUGUGAUUGGUCAGGAAAUGGGUUCCCGGUUCGUGGCUGCACCUGGAGGUGGAGGUGAACUGAGUGCGGCAGCCAGACCCAUGUACCAGUUCCACCAGCACAACCACCAACAUACGCACCAGCACACGCACCAGCACUUCACUCCCUUUCCCCCCACUGUGCCAUCAGCUGCUUUUGACAAGUAUCCGGGUAAAAUUGAAAAUCUGUACAGGCAGAAUUUUUUCCCCCCCUUUUCACAAGUUAUCACUGCGCUCCCCCCUGUUCUACCUCCUAGCGUCUCCUUUGGCUCCCUGCAGGGGGCAUUUCAGCCCAAGAGCACAAGUUCUGAGCUGGCCUCACGAUGCUCUGUGUCCCCUGCUGUGUCUCAUAAAGCUCCUCCGCUUACAGAUCAAUUUAGGCCGAGGAGGUCAGGGCGCUGGUGUGCGAUGCAUGUACGUCUGGCUUACAUGAUCCUGCGGCACCAGGAGAGAAUCAAGCUGGCACAUGGCGCCCCCCACAAGCCACCAUUCCGGAAUGAUCUCCUCUCCUGCCUCCCUGCAGGACUCCGCUCUCUACCAUCCUCACAUGAACUGGCACGAGCCUCUUCCCUCUUCACCGGCUCCCCUGGACAUUUUCAGAUCUCUCCUCAAGCUGCAGCAUCUUUUCUUCCCCCUUCUGGACCUGUGGAUCCAUUCAUAAGGACGUCUGGGUUUUCUCCUCUGGCUGCUCUUAAUAACGGUGCAUUUGGAGGACUAGGGAGCCCAUCCUACAAUCCCUCAACAAUGUUUAACCGGAAGGAUAACCCUGCAGUUCAGAGCUUUCCCAGCCCCCAUGACCCAUGGAAUCGGCUCCACCGUAUGCCUCCAUCUUUCCCGACAGCUCCUCCUCAGAUUUGUGCCAAGACUGAAUUGGACGCACAUCAUGUGCAACUGAUGAAGAACGAAAGAGAACGGGAUCUUUUCUCCCGCCUGGCAACACAUAUUUCCCCUCUGACCUCCAGUCAGCGCCUCCAUGGGGGAGAGGAGCGGGGGCCAUCGCGCGCAGUCUCGCCAUACGUGGGGGUAAGACAAGGAAGCAGUUCUGACCUCAAGCCUCGUCUGACGCCUGAUCACUCCUCCAAGGUGAAGGUGAAGGAGGAACCUGAGGUGCUGACGUUUGAAGUGGGGCGCUCUCCUGUGCCUGGCUUACAUUUGCCUCACCCAUCACCCCCCUUUGAAAGAUUUCGGGGACCCUUCCUGAGUGAGCAGUUUCCCCACACCUUGGAGCCCUGGAGAGAUGUCUACCGCAGGGUGGAUCCCCAGCCCUUCCGUCUUCCUUCAGUGUCCCCCCGCCUUUAUGAAAGAGAGGAGCGGGCGCAUAUCUUGCGAGAGGACUUUGAACGUGCCCACAUGUAUGGUUUGCCCCCUCAUGCCGCCAUGCAGCCUUCAGCAACGUCCAUGAUUGGUGCUUUCUACCCUCACCCCGCCUCUGGGCUGCUCAGCAAGACUCCUCCCAUUAAUUUGCUGAGUGCCCCUCCCCCUCUCAUUUCCACCUCACGACCGGGUUCUCCCCCACACAGGGACCUGUACAAAGAGAGAGACUCAAGAUAGAACUGUCAUCUUCAUCUAAGACGGGGGUGUCUUGUAAAUAUUUAUAUAUUACACCCUGAUGCCCUCCCGACCUUGACCAAGCCCCACCCUAACCCUUGGCUUUUGUACAUUUUUAUGGUUAUAAUGUGAUUUUAAUCACUGUGCUAUCCCCCAUUAAUCCCUUCCAGGAUUCAGUGUGUGUGUGGGCAGUUGCAGAGCUGAGUGACCUUGCACUGCAUUGUGCUCUCAAAGUGCAGAUCGCUUUGUCUGUUACAUCAAUAAAACCUCUCUCCAUUC